AUGCGCUCGACGCAAGCGCUGGGUCGAGCCAUUCGACGGUCCCGGGCCUGUCCGGGAGGCGGGGUGGCUCCAAGGGAAGCGGACUUUCGACGGCUCAGCAGCCCUUUCAGCCUUACCAGCAAGACAAUGGCUUCGACUCCUACCUCGUCAAGCCCUUCAAGGCUACUACAUACCACUUCCACAGCUCGGCGGCGGCUGAUGGGCCACAAUGCCGAGGAGGUGCCAUCCGAGGCGCCCACGACCGACUUCGACAGGAUGGACAUGCUGGGAGCUACGCCGGCCCCUUCGACGUCGGUGGAUGUCUGCAUGUCAGAAGGCUUUGUCCUCAACAGCGGGGCGCGUGUGACAGACGGCAGCGGGGUCCUGCUCGUGGGCGGCGAGGCGUUCACCUGGAGGCCGUGGGGGAAGGACAAGAAACUCGUCAACGCAAAGGGCCAGUGGGAAGUCGAUGCCGAGACGGCGUUUGCGCUGCUGGGUAUGCUCUGGCCGCGGCCUGGUUAG